AUGGCUAUUCGAUUGCAGUCUUACCGGCAUCUGUCCUCCUUGCUUCUGUUUAUAACAGCAUCCGCGGCUACAGCCUCUCCUCUCAUCUCCCACCAAUUCAGUCACCCCUCUCCCACCUCUGCUGAUCGUCAUUCCACCAUCGUCAGCCAUUCGAACGAGCAGUACAAUGGUCGUCGCAGGCUCGUGCUGCCGUCGCAUCUGGCUCGCCCGCACUCCACGGACGACACAGAGCUGCCGUGCGGCGACGCUUGGCAGCACAACUACACCGCCUUCCACACCUCCGCCCGCGCUGCGGCGCGCGAUCCGUCGGCGCGGGCGCAGGAGAAGGCGGAGCUGCGGUACCUGACGUUCACGUGCACGCCGGGGCUGUGCGGCGGGAUCGGCGACCUGCUGAUCGGGCUCGUGUCGUCGUUCCUGCUGUGCGUGCUGCAGGAUCGCAUCCUCAUCGUCGACUACCCCUGGAUGCUGCACGCCUUCGAACCGAAUCACAUCGACUGGCGCCUCGGCGACGACGUCCCCAUGGACCCCGCGCGCCCCUUUCCGCCGGGCCCGCGAGACAGGCGCAGGCGCGGGCAGGCAGACCCGAACGAGGUGCAGGAGGGGGAGGUGCUCCGCGUGAAUCUGCACAACCGCGACCUGCCGAGCAACGUGACGGAGUUCUUCGAGCGCAUGCGCGCCGCGAGGAACAUCAGGCUCAUGUGGAACCGCGGGCUGCUGGUGCGGCUGUACGAGGAGGACGGUGCCUGGUGGCACGAGCUGCACAGACGAGGGCUUAGACUGCCGUCCGCAUUCGGGUGCAUUCUGCGAUACCUUAUCAUGCCGACGCCAGGGGUGCGGCACAUGGUGCGAGAGGGCAUAGCGCGGCUGACGUACCCGGGCACGGCGUCCAUCUGCAUCCACGUGCGCACCAGCGACAUCUCCACGUGGGAGCAGCCCAAGGUGGGCGAGAAGGUCAAGCCGCGCAAGGAGAACGUCAAGCGCCUCCUCAAGGGCUCCCAGCGCCUCUUUUCCUGCGCUCAGAAGCUGGAGGACUACUGGUAUUCGAGUGACGCCCCAGGCAUGGCAGUCAAGUGGGUGCUCAUGAGCUCGUCGCUUGGACUCAAGCAGGCUGCACAGAGGAAAUAUGGCAGUAAGAGAACGAAAGAGAGAGAACGAGAGAGAGAGAGAGAGUACGAGAGAGAGAGAACGAGAGUGAUAGAACGACAAAGAGAGAACGAGAGUGAGAGAACGACAGAGGGAAUACGAAAACGAGAGAACGAGAACGAGAGAACGAGAGAGACAGAACGGAAAAGAGAGAACGAGAAAGAGAUAAAGAGAGAGAGAGAGAGAGAGAGAGAGAGAGAGAGAGAGAGAGAGAGAGAGAGAGAGAGAGAGAGAGAGAGAGAGAGAGAGAGAGAGCGAGAACGAGAGAGAGAGAACGAGAACGAGAGAGCGCGAACGAGAGAGAUAGAACGAGAACGAGAGAGAAAGAAAGAGGGAGAGAGACAUAGAGAGAGAGAGAGAGAGAACAAGAGCACGAGAGAGAUAGAACGAGAAUGUAAGAGAGAGAGAGAACGAGAGAACGAGAGAGAUAGAACGAGAGAGAGAGAGAACGACAUGCUGCUCGGGUCGAGUUAA